AUGCCGCAGAAGGAUGCUAGAAGACAAUGGAAGCGUCGGAUGCGCAGGGGUUUAUCUCUGCCUGAAGGUCCAGCGGCGCUCUCCGAUCGUGAAAAGGCUGCACUUGAUCCUGAUAAGCUCGUCGACCACUUCAGCUUCAGAGGCGCCAAGCGGGGUCAGGCCCUGGCCAAGGAAUCGCAGCAUUCCAGCAUUCUUCAUCUUCUUCAUCGUCAGCCAACGAGUGCUGCGAGAUUUAAUCUCUGCCGCCGAUUUCAGCGCAACAGCCCAGAGGAACCCGAGGGAAAACUCAUCCGUCUCACAGCUGAUGGAAGCACGCCAGGAGAUGAUCCGAUAGGGCGCCUGUUCCUGGUCCCUCACAGCUCGCAAUCUCUCGAUGGUCACAGCAGGCUACCUGGUGUCCAUUAA